AUGUCGUGUAAAAUUAAAGUGGAACAAGGCGUGUUGCAAGGGAAGGAGUGUAUUUCGUGUUAUGGAAAGAAAUACUACAGUUUUGAAGGGAUACCUUACGCUAAACCUCCAGUUGGGAAGCUGAGAUUUCGGGACCCGCAAAAACCAGACACCUGGUCUGGUAUACUGGAUGCAACAAAACCAGGCCCAAAAUGCAGUCAAAUGAAUCCAUUAUCCGGAAAGGGGGUGGAAGGAUCCGAAGAUUGUCUAUAUCUAAACGUGUACACGCCGAGUUUGCCACAAGAAGAACUAGAAAAACUUCCAGUGAUAUUCUUUGUCCAUGGCGGCAGUUAUCUUUUUGGUCAUGGAGACUAUUACAGACCUGACUAUUACAUAGAUAAGGAUGUUGUUUUGGUAACCAUAAACUAUAGACUUCACAUACUUGGAUUCUUAUGCCUUCAUACCGAAAAUGUACCAGGAAAUGCUGCAUUUAAAGAUACAAUAAUGGCUUUAAAAUGGGUUAAAAAUAAUAUAAAAUACUUUAACGGUGAUGAGAACAACGUAACAGCGUUUGGGGACAGUGCGGGAGGUUCUGUAACGUCAUCGUAUACUGUUACGAAAAUGGCAGACGGUCUUGUUCACAAAAUAAUCACACAAUCUGGAGUUUGUAUUUCUGAUUUGUUGUUUACCGAAGAAGAUCCUAUAGCAAAGGCUAAACAAGUGUAA